UUUCACUACUAUAAUUCACACAGAGACAGGACAUUGCAUGGAGAAGACACAUCUACAGACGCAUAUUAGAGCUGCUGUAAGAAGUAGAAGUUACUGUACUUGAUCACAAGUGUGUUAGAAUGUCAGAGGGAGUCUAUGAAAACUCAGAUGGAUUUAAAGACGAUGAGCCUGAUGCAAUGAAGAACACAGACAUUGAUGGCCAAUUAUAUGCCAACGUAAGAGCCUUCAUGUCCAGUACAAGAAAUGGAGUUGUUGCAUCUGUACAUGUUCAGUGGUGGAAGAGACCCUCUGGAGUUGCUGCAGUGUGUCUGGGGCUGCUGUGUGUUCUCCUACUGGCUGGGAUAAUAGGCCUGUCUGUCUACUAUGGAGUCAUUGAUCAUCACAACUCAACAGAGAGAAACCAGCUGCUGGCCAGUUACAGCAAUCUGACUGAAGAGAGAGACCAGCUACAGGCCAGUUAUAGCCUUCUUAUUAAAGAGAGAGACCAGCUACAGACUGAGAGAGAUAGUCUUAGUGGGAGGCUUACCUAUCUCAAACAUACCUGUCCCAAAGGCUGGCAGCAUUUUGAAUCCAGUUGGUACUUCCUGUCUGAUGAUACUAAAACCUGGAAGGAGAGCAGAGAGGACUGUCUGGAGAGAGGAGCAGACCUGGUGAUCAUAAACAGUGAUGAGGAACAAGAGUUUCUUUUCAACCUCAACAAGAGAGUCUGGAUUGGUCUGACUGACUCUGUUACUGAGGGGAACUUGAUAUGGGUGGACGGCACCUCACUGACCACCCCAAGGUACUGGCAUAAACCACAGCCUGAUAAUGGUGCUGGCAGACUAGACUAUGGUGAGGAGGACUGUGUUGAGAUACGUAAAGAUCAGUGUCCUCUGGAGGCAUGGAAUGACUUGUCAUGUGACAGGAAAAUCUACUGGGUUUGUGAGAAAGUAGUUUAACAUCACCAUGACAACAUACUGUAACACAUACAGCAGCACACAGUGCACGAAACUUACUCCUUCAUUCUCUCGCUCUCUCUCUGUGUCUCUCUCUCUGUAGCUCUCUCUGUCUCUCUCUCUCACUCUCUCUCUCACAGACAUUCUCUCUCUGUCUCAAACCCACACACACAACCUCACACACACAUGCACACACACUGCGUGCACACAUGCAUGCAAACGCAUCUAUUGUUGUGUUUAUUUGUAGUAUUAUAUUAAUAAAAGGCCUACUUAUUU